GUUUCCAGUCGGCUUGUUUAUGUGAGCGUACCAGUCUCGCCCAACAACAAAUAGAAGGAAACGAUAAGCAGGUCGGGUCAUGGAGUUUGCAGAGUUGAUAAAGACACCCAGGGUGGACGGGGUCAUCCUCCAUCGGCCUUUCAUGCCCACUGUGGAGGGGACCCUGUGCUUGACUGGUCACCACCUGAUUCUCUCCUCCAGACAGGACAACGCCGAGGAGCUGUGGCUGCUUCACUCAAACAUCGACUCCAUAGAGAAAAGAUUUGUGGGCUCCCUGGGAAGCAUCAUAGUCAAAUGCAAAGACCUGAGGGUGAUCCAGCUCGACAUUCCUGGCAUGGAGGAGUGUUUCAACAUUGCCAGCUCUGUUGAGGCUCUGUCCACGCUUGACAUACUCUCCCUGAUGUAUCCUUUCUUCUACCGGCCCAUGUUUGAAGUCAUAGAAGAUGGCUGGAAUUCAUUUCUUCCAGAGGAUGCCUUUAAAGAUUUGGAGACCAUGACCGAUGAAUGGAGACUGAGUGAUGUCAACAAGGACUGCACUGUAUGUCCAUCAUACCCCCCUUUAGUGGCAGUGCCCAAAGAUGUCGAUGAUGACACACUAAGGAAAGUAGCCACCUUCCGUCACAGUGGCCGUUUUCCAGUACUUAGCUACUACCACAAGAAGAAUGGCAUGGUGAUGAUGCGAGCAGGGCAGCCUCUGACGGGCACCAAUGGGCGACGCUGUAAGGAAGACGAGAAGCUGAUCAAUGCCACACUGCGACCAGGAAAACGUGGCUACAUCAUCGACACUCGCACCAUCAAUCUUGCCCAGCAGGCCAAAGCUCGAGGUGGAGGGUUCGAGUCUGAGGCUAACUACCCCCAAUGGAGGAGGAUUCACAAGGCAAUCGAAAGGUCUAACAUCCUCCAGGAGAGCCUGAUAAAACUGGUAGAGGCAUGCAACGACCAGUCCCACAGUAUGGACCGCUGGUUAAGCAAGCUCGAGGCUUCCAACUGGCAGACUCAUGUCAAGGAGAUCCUCACCACCGCCUGCUUGGCUGCCCAGUGUAUCGACAGGGAGGGAGCGUCGGUCCUCGUUCACGGCACAGAGGGGACAGAUUCCACCCUGCAGGUGACCUCCUUGGCUCAGAUCAUCCUUGAUCCGGCCUGCAGGACCAUCAGAGGCUUCCAAGGCCUGGUGGAGCGAGAGUGGCUCCAGGCGGGUCACCCGUUCCACCACCGCUGCGCCCAGUCGGCCUUCUCCAACAGCAAGCCUCGUCAAGAGGCUCCCGUCUUCCUUCUCUUCUUGGACUGUGUGUGGCAGAUCCUUCGCCAGUUUCCAUGUUCCUUUGAAUUCAGCGAGAGCUUCCUGGUGCUGGUCUUUGAUCACGCCUAUGCUUCUCAGUUUGGCACCUUCCUGGGCAACAGUACAGCUGAGAGAGCCAAACUGUCUUUGCCUGAGAAGACUGUGUCCCUUUGGUCGUGGGUGAACCGGCCCCAAGAACUGGAGCGUCUGACCAACCCACUCUACGAGGCCAACAGCCUUGUGAUCUGGCCCUCUGUGGCCCCUCAGAGCCUGCUGCUGUGGGAAGGAGUCUUCCUGCGUUGGAACCGCUCCUCCAAGUGUUUGGACGAGGCCUACGAGGAAAUGGUACAUAUAAUCGAAUACAACAAGGAGCUUCAGAACAAGGUUAACAGCCUGCGCAGGCAGCUGGCCCAGCUGGAAACUGAAGAUCCUCUGCUGCAGACGCUUGAGUGAGAGUGAGAGAGCGAGUGUGAGAGCUGUGAAAGGAAGCAAGAUGGAAGAAAGAGGUAAAAUAAAUGUGAAAUUAUAACAAAAAACAUUAAGGAAUCAAUGUCCCAGCUUUAGGCUUUUGUUAGUUUCUUCUCUGAUUGUUGAGAACAUAUAAUUCAAACUGUUUUAAUGAUUUUCCUUUUUUGCAUGAUCGAUGACACAUUUUGGUUUUCCCUCACAGAUAAAAAAUUAAGUGGAAAUGCACGAAACCCAGACCAACUUCAAAAUCAAUCACUCCAUUUGAUUUUCCAUUCAUCCAGUUAUCUGUCGCACCGUUUAUGCAACUGAAUGGGCUUCAAGAGUGCCUUGAUUCAUGAAAAAACAUUUGAAGUAAAAAAAAAUGUAAAAAACCUGUAGCUUAAAUUCUGCUCUGGCAGCCGGCUCAUCAAACCUCCGCAUCUUCCACUCGCUGACACGCAUCUGAACAUUUGUGUGAAAAGUCCAUUUCCUCUACAUGUGUUUUAAUAGAGCCCUCCUUAUUGUUGGGCAUUGAUCUCGUGCAGGAGGGAAUAUACGGCAGAGUUCCGCUUUUCACCAAAACAUCCUGCUGAAUGUAUAUAUGCCACUGAGGCACUGCAGAGUAACUAUGGCAACAUAUAGGGUGAUAUAAGGCAUCAUGUGACUUUGCCGCACAAUGAGAUGAUCUAAUAAGCGUGGGUUUGGUCAUCACCCUCUGUGCUGUGCAAUGAAAAGGCUUUUUUAUCAACUAAAUAUCGUGUAUGUUUUUCUGAUCAUUACUUGGCAUUCCAUUAAGGAGCACAGCUGGAGGUCCUCCACACACAACCUUAUACGUCUUAGCUUGCCUGGUUAUGUGUUUUUUCUUCCCCGCCCCCAAUCUCAUUAAGCAUAAUAAAAAUGGAGUGUGAUCCAGAAUUGGCCAUGUUCACACAGAGGCCUGCUUACGAAGUGAAAACAUUAUAUUUAUGUGAGAUAUUUCUUUAAAGACCGAUUUAUAUUUUGGUCAUUUAAAGUCAUGCGAUAAUUGUUGAUAAAGUGUUCGAGCAUAUUAUUAAACGAAAUGCAUAUAUCUGCUGUUUUCUAGUUUAAGAUCCAAAACUGAUGCACUUUGUGUGAAAGGCAUUACACAAUAUCGGAAAGAUACGAUGAGAAUUCUUGUAGCGUACUUUUUGUGGUCAGUACUUACCAGCUGUCGCCAUAUUAGACAAUAAGACGUAACUUUAAAUGUUAAAACAAGCCAAUGCAACGACAAACAAACUCAAGCUAUUAGACUACAAAUGACACACUGUUGUUUCCUCCAUUGCACUCCUUAGAGAAGCAGAUAAACCGGAAAAGUCUGCUGGCGGUGGCAUUCCACGUGCGAAGGUAGUUUCCAAUCCCAUAAUACUAUUGAGAAAGCGAUAUGCUGCACUUUAAAUAUAAAUAUAUAUGGCAGUGAUGGGGUUAAAUUAAAUCCACAGGGGUCUUUCAUGUUUGUUUGUUUUGCCAGUAAGAAUUAGCAUUUUCUUGACUUGUGUCCAUGUCAUCUUGAUACAUUUAAUCCUUUUUGCUUCAAAAGGAUUUGAUAAACACUAUACUGAACUGAUCCCAGCCACUACAUUAAAAUGCUUUAUAAAGGGAAAGUUGUUUAUAGCUGCACUAUUUUCCUUUUGCCAAAAAAAUAACAACAGACACUGUACCUACCGUUGCUUUGUGUGUGUGUGCAUGAAUGGAAUAAUGGAUUAUAUCAAGAUAAUGGUUUGAUUUACAUUGCAAAUUCCCUAUGCUUGCAUUAUGCUUAAUGUUAUCCCUUAAAAUGAUGUUGCGUUGUUAAAGUCAAGAACUCUAUGGUGUUUGUGCAAUGCCUCACUGCGAGAUCAUAAUUCAAAAUGUACUUUUAUCUACUUUUAUCACUGUCUCUGUAAAAUUAUAUUAUUGUUGAAAAGAUUAAAUGUUGUUGUUUUUUUAAGUUUCAAGCCAUUAAAAAUUAUAGCACCAAAGAUUUUCGGUGCCAAAUUA